GGCAUAUUUCGCAGCAUCGGCAUCGGCAACAUUCACUAAAUGACACUUUUUUUAAAAAAAUCACUGAAUGGGAUACGGUCCAUUUGAUUGGGGGAUGAAUCGUAAACGAGGCGAAGAUCCACUGACUCGCCUCAUCAUUUUUCCCCACUAAGAAAAAGGAGCUCUAAACCCCCACCGCCGGCUGCAAUCUCACCCACCGCCGACGGCGAGAUCUCCAGGAUGGCCUUAGCCGGGCGGCGGGACGGCCCCCUCAUGCUACGGGGCGGCGGCGGCGGGAAACCCCUGUCGCGCGGGUCUCGGAUCGCGGUGGCGGUCGCUGUCGGCAUCGGGCUUGGCUGCGUCUGCGCCUUCCUCUACCCCGACGGCCUCUUCCGCCCAUCUGCCUCUGCCCUCCAAUGGUCGCGCCACGUUGACUCAACUGCUUGCGAAUCAUCGGGGCGAGUUACCAGCCUUAAGUCCCAGUUGGCAUCAUUGGAGAGAGAGAAUGCUGAAAUGAGGAGGCAGAUUAAUGAAUUAUCCAUGAAACUUCAAUUGGCUGGACAAGGAAAAGAUGAGACCUUGUACAAGCCUGGUCCUUUCGGAACUGUCAAGGCUUUGAGAACAAAUCCGACAGUAAUGCCUGAUGAAUCUGUUAAUCCCAGGUUGGCCAAGAUAAUGGAAGAGGUUGCUGUCAAGAAGGAGCUUAUUGUUGCAUUGGCAAAUUCCAACGUCAGGGAGAUGCUUGAAGUUUGGUUUACCAAUAUCAAACGAGUUGGUAUUCCAAACUUCCUAGUUGUGGCAUUGGAUGACAAUAUAGAAAGCUUCUGCAAAUCUAAAGGUGUUCCGGUCUACCGGCGUGAUCCUGAUGAAGGCAUCGACAACAUUGCAAAAACUGGUGGGAACCAUGCCGUUUCUGGACUCAAGUUUCGUGUUUUAAGGGAGUUCUUGCAGCUUGGAUAUAGUAUUCUCCUCUCUGACAUUGAUAUUAUUUUCCUGAGGAACCCAUUCGAUCAUCUUUACAGAGAUUCUGAUGUAGAGUCCAUGAGUGAUGGCCACAACAACAUGACAGCUUAUGGUUUCAACGAUGUGUUUGAUGAGCCAUCUAUGGGCUGGGCCAGAUAUGCACACACAAUGCGGAUCUGGGUUUACAACUCCGGCUUUUUUUAUAUAAGACCAACAAUUCCUUCUAUUGAACUUCUAGAUCGAGUAGCUUACCGCCUUUCUCAUGAGAAGGCAUGGGACCAAGCAGUCUUCAACGAGGAACUGUUCUUCCCAUCUCAUCCAGGUUAUGAAGGCCUUCAUGCAUCCAGAAGAACCAUGGAUAUUUAUCUAUUCAUGAACAGCAAAGUGCUCUUCAAGACUGUGAGGAAAGAUGCUCAGCUCAAGAAGCUAAAGCCAGUGAUUGUGCAUUUGAACUACCAUCCAGACAAGUUAGACCGGAUGAAAGCUGUUAUUGAGUUCUAUGUGAAUGGAAAGCAAGAUGCGCUGCAACGUUUCCCUGAUGGAUCAGAAUGAGGAAAUUACACAUUGUUCUGGUACGGAAAUAUAUACCCAUCAUAUCCUUGUGGUUGUGGGGUUGUUCUGGCAUUAGGAUGGGAUCCUCAUACAUGCGAGAAUGUCAGAUGAUCCGAGUGCCAUAUGGAUCCGUUGAGCUUGAGCUAUUUGGACGUCGCUUUAGUCUCUACUAACCUCAACAGUUCUGUAGCAAACAUGGAGUAGCUUAGAUGGCUGAUCACAUUUUCCUUUUUAAUCUGAGUUGUUGACAUUGGAAUUUCGAAACCGAGGCGGUUGCCAUGUACUCAGACUACCGGCCACUAUAUGCUUCGAUGCCGGCGUUCCCUUGUAUCCUGGUUUGCUAGUGAAUUGAGAACCAAUUGCAGUUUUGAUGAUACGGAUUAA